AUGGAAAUGGUGAAGAUCCUUUGUGCUGUUCUUUUCUUUGUUGCCUCAAUGAGUGCAGUGUUGGCUCAUGAAGGCCAUCAUCACCAUCAUCAUCAUCAUUACUCCCCAACUCCAGCUCCAGCUCCAGCACCAGGACCAAGCAGUGGUGCCUCAGCUACUUUCCCAGUUGUUGGUUCUUUUGUUGGUGCUUCUCUUGUGUCACUUGUUGCCUAUUACUUGUACUAG